AUGAUUUCGAUCUUUAUAGCCCUUUUCCAGGGUGCUCUAUGCGGUCUUUUACCGACAAACCUCAAGUGCCGACGGGAGAAUAUUUUGAAUGAUUUACCAGUCGCUGAUCGAGAGCAAAUCAGAAUAAUUGAUGGACAAACGGCCGAAUUCGGAGCUCACAAGUGGCUUGUUAAUCUCGAAGGAGUCCGAUGCGGUGGAGUGAUUAUCGGGGCCAACUGGGUUCUGACAUCAGCGAAAUGCUGCGCUGGAAAAACUCUAGACCAACUGUUCACCGUCGCCAACGACUGGGACUCAGACGUCUAUUAUGACUCUGAAACAGUUCAUAGGCCAGAUAAAAUAAUCAUGCACGAAAAUUGGGACCCAGUAACUGACUCCGACAACAUUUGCCUUCUCCAUUUCGACAAUCAUCACAUGGUUGUGAAUGGGGUCCUUGAUGCAGAUAUAGCUUGCCUACCGGAGCCCGACGUGAAGCUCGAAAAACCGCAAAAUUGUGUUGUCGCUGGCUGGGGAUGGUCUGGUAGCUCCUUCGAAAACAAACUGCAAGAAAAACUGGUCAGAGUUAUUCCGGAUAAUGUUUGUCCACGAUUCGAUCCGAAUUUCACCAAAUAUACAGCAGCUCAUUGUUCUGGAACAGGCGCCUGCGUUGGUGAUUUCGGUGGACCACUUAUUUGUGUAGAAAAAAACAGCAAAACUGGAAUGAGUGAGCCUGUAGUAAGAGGAAUCAUGAGCCACACCAAAAGCUGCAGCAAUCGUCCAAUGAUUUAUACCGAUACUCAAGGGUAUCUCGACUGGAUUCGUGAGAAGACAAAAUUAAUUGCUGCCGCUGAUUCCGGAACGCGUCCAACUAUCACACCAACGACAACUGACAGACCUUUAACUGCAGCCCCUGGUGGAACACUUUUGCCCAACGAUGUUCAAUGCUCGAAUCCGAUCGACGGGAUCACACGAAUCGUCGGCGGUCAAACUGCAAAGAACGGUGAAUGGGACUGGAUUGUACAAUUUCCACAAAUCGGUUGUGGAGGUUCAGUCAUCGCCAAGAAUUGGGUUCUGACGGCUGCUCAUUGCUGUAAGCCGUUUGCUCUAAGCCAAUUGAUGACAAAUUUUGGCGAUCACAAUAUCGGAACCUCAGCUGACGCCAACUUCUUACUUAGGCCAAUUCUAAAAAUUGUUCACCCGAAUUGGAAUUCAAAAACGUUUGAUAACGACAUAUGCCUUCUUAAGUACAGUAAUAUCCCGUACUCUGACCGAGUAGCCCCAGCUUGCAUGCCUAAACCAUGGGAUGAAGAUCUAAAGCCAGGGCAAGUAUGCUUCGUCGCUGGUUGGGGAAAAGUGGAUGAAGAUAGUAAUCGACUCAAUAAUGAACUCAAGGAAGCUGCUAUUAUGGCUAUUGACCCAACACUCUGUAAUUCUGGUUGGGGACUGUCUAAGAGAGUGAAUCCAAAUACAAUGAUGUGUGCAGGAGACUUGCGUGGUGGUACAGAUUCAUGUCAAGGAGAUUCUGGAGGGCCGCUGAUUUGUAUGGACGAGAAUAAUCAGCCUGUGCUCAGAGGCAUUGUUUCUUGGGGAUUCGGCUGUGCAAGAUCUGGAAUGCCCGGAGUAUACACGAAAGUUACACACGCUCUUGAAUGGGUGCACAAAGAGAUCGGUGUGAAAGUGCCAACAACUGCCAGUACAUCCUCCCAAUUUAUAAAUGUCGCGCAGACUGCAUUACCAAAGGAUCUUCUUUGUCCUAUUACAAACGAUGUUGCAAUGGCUGAGAAAAUGAAUAAUACUGAAGUAGAAACUGACCUUAUGAAUAAAUGGGCAGGUCUACCAGCUGAAAUGGCACCAAAACUUGAAGGCUUUCUCCCAACAGGAAAACUUGCCGGAAUGGUGCCAACAAAGACAACAACGACGACAACGCAGCAAUCUACUGUAGCAAAUAUGGUGAAUAAGCCUCCAAAACGAGGGAAAAAGAAAUGGAAGAAAAAAAUGCUUGCGAAUAAGCUUGGAGUAUCUCGAUUUUCAGAAGACGGUUUCGAUGAUAUGAAUUUUAUACAGCGUAUCGUUGGCGGUUCAAUUGUUCAAGAGCGACGAACAUGGACGUUCCUAACCCGAAUGGAGCGCGUGUCAGCUUCAGCAACAAUUCUCAACAUUCACUGGGUUCUCACUGCUGGUCAUGUUUGUCAUGGGUCAAGAAACGAUCUAUCAAAAUUAGCAGUUACUUUUGCAGAGCGGGAUCGAUCAAUGACUGAGUUGGCCGAGUUUACACUUGUCCCCGAUGAAAUAAGAAUUCAUCCAGAAUUCGAUCCUGAUCUUCUCAAUAAUGAUGUAUGCCUUAUGUUCUUCCGUGACAUCGUCAGUUUUGUUAAAACUGGCGACUCUGUCAGUACGGCUUGUCUCCCUACUGAUGACACUGACGUUAUUCCUGAUGGUCGCCGAUGUUUCGUCGCUGGAUGGGGCUCUCAAGAUGAGCAAUCUGCGGCGCAAUCCGACUUCUUGCGUCAAAUAACAGUCGCUGUCAUUGGUGGUGAGACUUGUAAUAAGGAAGAGAUCGCUCCGCCACUUCUCCCAUCUGGAUUCAAAAUGGAAGAAGAUACUAACUUCCGUCAAUUUAAACUCCCAUCUUUUAACUUCAACGUGAGACGACGAAGAGAAUCCGAAUUCUUGGUUAGUCGACCAUCAGUCAACCUGGUACAAGCAAAAGACUUUGAUCUUGACUCGUUAUUGGCGGAACCAAUCGGAGAAGAAAUUGGCGUUGUGAGUUUAAAGCCAGCAGUAAGUGGAUUACCAACAGGAUUUUCCAUGAGCCAAAAUGAUCCAACUGAUACUCGUGGCAGUAGUAUGAUGGAUCCUGUCGUUACUGUUGUUAGACCGGGAAUGCCCGCCGGUUUCGGAGAUGAAGAUUCAAGUAUAAAUGAUCAGAAAACAUCAUCACUUCCAGUAGUCCCUGUAUUUUCCGGUGUACCCGCUGGCUUUGAGCCAAGUAGUGUCGAAACAGAAAAGGGUCUGAUAUCUGGCGUAGUUGAAGCUGAUGAUGGCAGAGACGGAGAUCGAAUUGUUGGUGGUCUUGAGGUUGAUGAGAGUCGAAAAGAAGCAUGGUCAUUUUUAGUCCAUUUUGAUCGUGUUGGAUGUGGAGGAACGGUUAUUGCCAAGAACUGGGUAUUAACAGCUGCGCACUGCUGUCAGCCUGUUCUUGAUGCGACUUCUGAUCCGGCAGUCCGUAACCUCUUGAUGAGAACAAUGCUCAACAGGCUUAACAAAUCAACAAUCAAAGGAGAAGCUGUUAUUCCGAAGUCAAUUAAUUUGCAUCCAGGAUGGAACAAGGGAACUCUGGAGAAUGACUUUUGCAUGGUUGAAUACGAUGAUGAUCUCUUUGAAAAAACUACAAAGGCAACUUGUCUCCCGGACUUAGGCGAGCAGGUUCCAUUUGGCAAAGAUUGUUUCACGGCAGGCUUCGGCCUCUUGCAAGAAGGUGGUGCGAGCGCUGAAACAAUGAAUGAGCUGAAACUUCCAAUUCUUGCAAAUAGUGUGUGCAAUCAUCCCCAGUCUUAUAAAGGGUUCAUGAAAGAAGACUCUAUGUUCUGUGCUGGUCAUCUCGAAGGUGCAAUUUGGUCAAAUUGGGGUGAGUGGGAAGAAUGCACGGAGCACUGCGGAGAUAUUGGUGGAAUCCGAUUCCGAUUUCGCGAAUGCGAGCAGGGAAAAUGCUCAGGAUCAUCUCUCGACUCAGAGCUUUGCAAUGUGCGCCCCUGUCCUCAAUGGGGAUCAUGGGCUGAGUGGUCGGAUUGCUCUCAAUCAUGUGGCGGAGGUUUAUCAUUCUACAACAACCUCGACUACAACUACAACAACAACCUCCACAACGACUACGACCACAUCAACGACUAUGACUACGACAAGGACCACGACUACGACUACGACCACGACCACGACAACGACCACGACCACGACCACGACUACGAUCACGACAACGACCACGACUACGACCACGACAACGACUACGACCACGACAACGACUACAACCACGACUACGACCACGACUACGACCACGACAACGACUACUACUUCAACGACCACUACUCCCAGCACCACGACAACAACAGCGAACAACGUCAAAACUAG